AUGAUCUCUAUUAAAAAAAGUUUGAUCGUGUCCGCGGUAGUAGUGGCGCUGAUCACAACCACAGGGGGUGUGGACGGUUACGAUGUCGUCAUGUCGAGUAAAUUGACAUACAACAUGAAGAGAACGCUGCGCAUUGCUGCCGAGGAGGUAGCGGAAGAAGAGAUGGCAGAUGAUUCCGAGUGUGAGGAACUUGAAAUGGCCGAGACGGAUUCGGAAUGCGAAUCUCUCGAUAUGGCUGAAGGCGACAAUACGAAGACAAACAAUGCGAACCAACCCCCUAGUGCGGUAUCGAGUGGUAACACUGGAGAUUCGUCUCAAAAGCAAACAGGGGAGACCAAAGAUGGUGGUGGUGAUGCUAAAGAGAAGGGCGUCUCUGGCGAUGAUGGUGAAGAAUGUGAUGAUUCGCUGGAGAUGGCUGAUACCGACUCCGAGUGUAACUCGCUCGAUAUGGCGGAGGAUUCGAAAGGAGCAUCAUCCGACCCGGCCAGCGCCGCCAACAACGCUGGUGGGGCACAGAACGGGGGAAACGCUGGUGGGGGACAGAACGGAGGAGAAGCCGGCGGUAACACCUGGACGCCGCCUUCGAACACUGGAGGCAACGCUCCUACUACGAGCCCUGGUAAUACGAAUCCGGGCAAUGUCAACGAAAAUUACAACGGUAUGACGUCGAACAUUGACUUUACCGCGGUCCAAGGCGAGAUAAACCCUGGUACUGUGGUGCCGCAGUAG